CGCGGUUUGGACAUGCCUGGUAUACACAAUAAGCGAUCGAAUCGCCUGUGAUACAGAGGGAACUGUGUAUUUACUAGAAUGUCCAUGUGGACAACAGUACAUUGGAUGAAUGAAAAGAAAAAUCAAAGUAUGCAUAGCAGAGCAUAUAUGUAACAUCAAAAAAGACCUGAGCGCACACAGCGUUUCUCAAUACUUUCUCGAAAAACACUGCAAAUACACGAGUGGAAUGAAAUUUCUUGGUAUCCAAAAAGUUUCAGCGAAUUGGAGGGGAGGUGACAUCUUGAAUGCCUAAAAUAAAUGCAAAAUAAAGUAGAUCUACAACAUGAAAACUUUAAAACCUAGAGCCUUAAAUAUUGAAAUAGAGCUUAAUUCAUUUUUGAGACCCUGAUAAAUCCUAUAUAUAAAACAUACUGUAAUACACUACAUUAUAUUUUUCAAAGUGAUUCAUUAGACACUAGCGCUUGGAAUUUUUAAGGGAGAAUCUCCGCAUGAGGUUCCUCCUUUUUGUGACCUCUCUUCCAUUUUAGAGGUCCAUUUAAAAAAAAAAAAAAUUCUGAAGAAAUAAAAAGGAAUCCUGUCCAACAUUGAGUCAUUCUUAAUAAAGUGUCCCCAGCGGUGUGAAAUGCAUUGAAUACAGACUGUAGCGGAGACUCCUCCAUAUACUAGAGCCAUAGCAGGUGUCAUCACUAUCCGACUACCAGUCGCACUGCUCCACAACUCCUGCACAGCUGCGAUUGUGCUCACUCAGUAGCAAGCACAUCUGACAAGCUGCUCUGUAUCUGGCCGCGGUCACCCUGUAACAUCACCAUAGUGCAAGGCACCACACAGCCUGGCCAACAGCCAGAUACACUGUGCCCACCAUCCAGCCGGAGCCAUCCCACAGCAUCGCCAUCACUGAAGAGGAGAUGCCAGAAUUUCAAAAGAAAACUGUCCACAUAAAGGACCCGGCAAAAGUAGAAGAAAUAAUAUGUGGGCUGAUAAAGGGUGGUGCGGCCAGACUGCAGGUUAUAACAGAUUUUGAUAUGACUUUAAGCAGAUUUUCCCACAACGGAAAGAGAUGUCCCUCUUGUCACAAUGUUAUUGAUAACUGCAAAUAUGUAACUGAUGAAUGUCGAAAAAAGUUAUAUGCACUGAAAGAGAAAUACUAUGCAAUUGAAAUUGACCCAAACCUUACAAUUAAAGAAAAGUACCCAUACAUGAUUGAAUGGUACACAAAGUCACACACAUUAUUAAUAGGCCAGCAUUUGCAGAAAGAUCAACUGGCAGAGGUCGUAAGGGACUCUGACAUCAUGCUCAAGGAUGGUUAUGAAACUUUCUUUGAUAAGCUAAAUGAACACAAUAUACCCGUGUUCAUAUUUUCAGCAGGGCUGGGCGAUGUACUAGAAGAAGCCAUACGUCAGUGUGGAGUCUACCACCCCAAUGUUAAAGUAGUCUCCAACUUUAUGGAUUUCGAUGAAAAUGGUGUUAUGAAGGGCUUCAAGGGAGAAUUAAUACAUGUUUACAACAAACAUGAUGGUGCCUUGAGGAGUACAGAGUAUUUCUCCCAUUUGAAGGAUAACAGUAACAUCAUUUUAUUGGGCGAUUCAUUAGGAGACUUAACUAUGGCUGACGGAGUGCCAAAUGUGGAAAAUAUCCUCAAAAUAGGAUUCCUUAAUGAUAAGGUAGAAGAAUUAUUAGAAAAAUAUAUGGACUGUUACGAUAUAGUUCUAGUAAAAGAUGAGACUCUGGAUGUGGCUAACUCCAUCCUACAGAAGAUCCUGUAAAUUGCACUAAAGAAGAACCCUCGCUGUCCAUUGACUGAUGGGGAAGACAAAUGGCAACUGUUUUCUCCAGUGGGAAGGGGGGGAUACAGAUUAUUAUUGUUUUAACCUUUUUCUGAAUAUAGUUUAACUUCCUUUUAUUUCAAUUUAUUUAAUAGAAACCUUUUGGAAUUUCAGAGCACUUUACUUUUCUGCACUGUGCUGCUACAGUAUAUUAUACCUCCAUGUUUUUCUUUUUUUGCAAUACAUCCACUGCCUUCAGCUGGGUCUGGUCAGCAUCUUGGUGGUUCGGAUACCGGCAGUCAGCAUCCCGACACUACUCGGAAUGCCGACACCAGCAUCCCGAAUAGUCACCAGCCCGGCGAAGGAUCCCGAACGAGUAUUUGCUGGACCGUCUGACCGUUAAGAGGGGGAGGGGGAGAGGGUUAGGUUUAGGAU